AUGGAUAUUGGAAGGCCUUUGAAACUUAUUGAUAUAAAGGACAAUGGCGAGAUGGAAGUCACAACAGAAGGAAUCGCCCAUCUUCAAAGCUACACAAAUUCAGUUGGUCUAGUAUGUGUAAUUGGUUCUCCAUGUGUAGGAAAAUCCACUCUUGCAAACAAAAUCCUCGAUCGGCCUCAAGGUUUUGAAGUUGGCAACGGUCGAGAAAUGCUAACAAGGGGUAUUUGGAUUUGGAACCAGUCUAUAAAAGUAAUCCAAAAAGACGAUACUGGAAUUGAAAAAGAAGGCGAGCUUCUUGUUCUUGAUUGUGAAGCCUUUACAUCUCGGCCAGACCAAAACAUCCAGUUAGGACUCCAAAUUCUCGCAUUGGCUUCUUUAUUAAGCUCUCAUCUUGUGCUCUGCACAAGCCAAGCAAUCAAUAAUCAGUACUUGCAAGAUCUUGAAAUCCUAAAUGAAUUGCCAACAGCUAUUUUGGUCAGGUAAGCUUUAUAUAGAAAAAAACAAGACUCAAGGAACUAUCUGGGGAAUUAUCUUCCAAGCCUCUCUUGGGUUAUUUCUGGGCCUGACAUCAAGCUAGGAGGACAGUCUGCGACGUAAAGGCUACAUAGGAAAUAUUUGGAAAAAUGCUUAUCAAAGCAAGCUGGAGAGCCUGCAGCAAUCACAAAUAUAAAAACCAACAUCAAAAAUUUCUUCAAAAAGCGGGCGUGUUUUAGCAUUCCUCCUUUAAUUGACGACAAAAAUCCCCAGCAAAAAUCAGCAUAUCAAGCUUCAAUUGCUCCGUUUGUUGAAUAUAUAAGGUCAAGCACUGAAAAUAAAAGGUUCAAUGGGAAGCUCAUAAGCGGAGCUGUCCUUUCUAACAUGGCCCAGGCCUUUGUGCAUAGGUUUCAUAAGAAAGCUCCUGCCGUCAUCCUAAAUGCUUUUGAAAGAGCUGUAGCUUCAGAGUCGCGCCGCCACAAAGAAAAGCUAUUUAUCAGGUACCUAGACAAAAAAAUGGCGACAUCACCGACCCAUUCUCUCUCAGACCUGCUUCGAAUUUGGGGGGGCUUUGCUGCGGCCUGAAGUCAUACUGAGGAGGAAACGGAGUCUACAGGUACUAGGCAUUUUUGUUUCGGUUGGGUUUUGCCUCCCUCAUCCAGCAAUAAAGAUUUUUGUCUUUUCUAUGGAUAUUUAAAAAAGGGCUUUUUACUCCUAUAGAUCACUAGUGCCGACGACAGCAAAGCUAGUACUGAUAUUAGAUAUGGAGUUUAUCCCUAACUGGAAUUCUAGUCACUCAUGCAGCAGCCGUUUGUCCCAAGCCUGUAUACUCCAAGAAUCCGAGACAGCAUUAAAAGCCAGUCCGAAAGCUAGAGAAGAGCUAUCUCUUGUGGAAAAGCUGACAUAUCCAGGAGGUCACUAGCAGCUGAACUAGUCUUCUACGAAGAAUCGUCUCCGAAGAGCCCUUAUCUAUAUUAAUAUUAAUAUAAAUGCUACCUAGACAAAAUGGGACUAAUUGAAAAUGACAUGCCCUGUGAUGAAGAACAUCUAUGGAAAGAGCACCAAUCUGUGCUAAAAGAGCUACUAAAAGAAUUUGAUGGGAUGAUGCUAGGAGUAAUCGAGCAGGAAGAAGUCCAAGAAGAAAGAAAUAGUCUUAUUGAAAGAAUUGACUCUUAUUAUGAAGACUUAAAAGCAGCUAAUAAUAAAGCUAGUGAUGCCAAAUGCAGAGAUGCCUUUAAAUCAGCCUUUGACCCAAUUAAGGCAGAAGCGCUGAAAUAUAAUGAGGAUGGUAGUGCAAAUGUGACGGAACUGGAGCAAAGUAUUUUAAAUGCUAUAAAUAAGUAUCAAGAUAACGCUGAAGGACCGAUGGCUGAGACUGUUUUUGCAGAAGAGAUUGCGUUUUUGGUACCUCAUAUGUGUAGCUUAUUAAGAGAUAUGCACAGCCAUUCAGAUACUGAUAAAGAGGAUUUGGAACGAGAAAUCAAAAAUUUAACGAGGCACAGAGAUGAGGCGAGGGCUGGAGAAAAAAGACUGAGGGAUUUGUUAGAAGAGACCAAUAAAAACUACGAAAAGCAAUUAGAGCAGAGAGAAAAACAAAUUGCUGAACUUCAAGCCAAUGUCAAUUCAAGAAUACACGCAGCUGAAAGCAAAGCCAGACUCCAAGCCAGAGAAAUCCAAGGAUUGAAGCUGGAACUUGAACAAGCCCAAAAAGAAAGAGAAAUGGUGAUUGAAGCAGAAAGAGACAUGUACGAAAAAAAGAUCAGCGACAUGGAAAGCAAACUUUAUAAAUUACAAUUGGAAAAUGGGAAGUAUGAAAAGUCGCUUGACGAGCUCAGAGAAGAACAAGAAAAAAUAAUUUCAGAUAAAAAUGAACAAAUCAAUGAUCUGUCAAGAAGGAUUAAACUUAUGGAAACACAGUCAGAAGCCCCAAGCACUCGCCAAGACUCUUCGAUUCUCAGGUCUUUCAGAGACUAUUUAGAAGACAUUUUCAAUAAAUUUUCAAAAGAGCAGAAUGGCAACGCUAAAUAUUUGUCUCAGCUUGAAAGAGUUUCAAGCCUCCAAAGCGAACUUAAUCAAUUCAAACUGCAGGAACAAGAAAACAGGAACAAGCUUAUAGACGAGUAUGAAGAAAAGCUAGGCCAGCUUAGGGCUGAAAAAGAAGCAAUUGCGAAAGAGCUUGCAGAGGUCCUGGAAAAACAAAAAUUAGAUUUAAACUUGAAUAUUGAUAACUUGGCCAUUGAUAUAGAGAGUACAAACUCUGAAAGAGAAGAACAAAUCAAAAGAGUCAUUGAUGAGAAAAAUGAAAUUUCUAAUGAAUUGAAUAAAAGAGAGCAGCAGCUGCUGGACCAGAAUGAAGCAAUGGACGCUUAUAAAAAGCAAAUAGACACACUGCAAAUUGAAUUGGAUGAUAGGGAUAACAUGCUAAAUAGGCUGAAGAUUGAAAAUGUGGAGGAAAAGGAUGAUAAUGAUAUAUUGAUAAGCUUGAUGGGGGUUGUUAUGGAGGUUCAACAAAAAAAAAGAAAUGUGCAGACCAUCCAUUUAGGGAGGAUUCAGAAUUCAGAUAAUCGAGGGAAAGUAGCGAAACUUUUUAAGAAAUUUGGAAUACCAUAUGAAUAA